AUGGAAAAUAAACAGUCUCCAUCCAAGAAGAAGUUAUUGUCCAUCCAAGAAGAGAAAUUGAUACGUGAGGUUGAUUACAACUGUUUCGCAGGGGGCUCAGUCCGCCUGCCGAAGAAACAACUUCUUCUAGACUUAGAAAUCCUUCAAAAGAAUCCAACCAGCCAUCAGGGAUCACAAAGAGUUCUCGUAUCCAUAAAACCGAGAGCGCCCGCCAUCAAAACUAUAUACAUUGCCGAGAAGAGCCGCUUCCAAGCUAAAAAGGGUGGAGACACGUCGGGCUCACGUCUUGGUAUCGGAGACCAUUCUUAUUUUACAUCCCAUUUUACUGAAGAUGAUUCAAACUUUAUAAAUUCGAUCGCUUGUGGUUCAGAAAGGCCUUAUACGAAAAGCAAAAUAGAAGCAGAUAAAGUCUCCUCGGUCACUAUUCAGGUAGAAAGUUCUCCAGUAGUUUCGAAAUGUUCUCAAACUAACAACGUACCGGAAAAGGUAAAUGUGUAUAAUGCAAAACAAAGAUCUGCGGAAAAAUGCUAUGUUUAUACACAGCCACAGUUAAAUAUGAACAUUCCUAAAACUGAUGUAAAAACUAACAAAAAGAAGGUAAAUUCCAAUAAAGUUGAUAUUGCCACAUUAAUCACGAACACAUCGUCUGAAGAUUCUGUACCUCGUUCUGCUACUGCACUCAAUCACUUGUAUAAAAGAAUAGAUCAUUUGGAGCGUAAAAUUUUGAGACAAGAAUUGGUUUUUCGUUCAAUUGAUCCUAAUAUGCCUCUGUCUUCAUCAGAUGAAGAGCCCAAAGGUACCAUAAUGAAGACUACAUCUGUGACCGGCAGGCCAGGGUGUAGCUAUAUUCAGCAGUAUAGCCAUGUUCCUGAAACAUCAGCGUUCCAACGCUACGCGCAGCAAGCAGCUCCACUUUCUCCAAGUAAGGCUACCACCAUAGAGAAAGAGCAUAAUUCUGAGCAAUACGGUCGUGACUUUACUGCAUACGAUGGCAUCACUGCCCGGGGCCGGCGACAGUGUGCCUCAGUGCCAUGUAAACGAGAUGAUAUCCCUAAGAUGGCAGCCGAGAGAGUCCAUAAGAUUCGACACAAACUCAAUCCGGUGCGUGAUUACCGGCUGAUGGAUACAGUCCACUAUUUAGCGCAAGGUGAAUUCGCUCCACGCGAUGAUGGCAUAAAACUAACACCAUCACGAGAAGCUGUUCUUAGCGAUAUUAUUUGGGAAGAUGUAUGUCGCACACAUUGGCCCAAUGCUAGACUUGGGCGGCGAGUGGCUCACUCUGAGAGAUGUAGCACAAGAGGUGAGCUCCAGCGACUCAUUGACAGCCUGUUGAGAGAGCGCGUCGCACACGUAGAGCGCAGGCGGCGACGUCACUACAGGAUAGUUAAAUUGAAUCAUCGACAUGAAAGUUGUAGACCUGUGGGCAAGACUGGAGAUAUCAUUGUGGCCAGUCAUAAAAAUAGGCAAGGCGAUGAGGUAGCAAUAAGUGAUCACAAUGCGGCAAGCGCCAUGAUCGCCGAUAGACGAUGGGCUGAGCCAGGUUUGCGCAGAGUCCCAAGAAGUCAUGAUCGUUUGGGAUUAGAGACGCGACAUAAUCAUCAUAACUUAGAUCGCAGACAUGGAUACGAAGAUUGUUCCCCAGGUCCAAGUUACGCGGUCAACAGGUCUCCAGCUGGGAGAGAACCAACGUGCUGCUAUCAGGCAUGCAGCCCGAUGAAGCCAGACAGACGUUGUGCUACUCAUAAGAAGCGACGCACUGGGAGUCGUGAAUUAACUAGUGGCAGUAGUUCCACUUGCAAGCCAAGGAAUCCUCGGUUGGUCAUAAAAAAAGUAGCAUCCCAUCGAAAGUACAAUAGAGAUGAGCCCAACCUGGAACAUUACAUCCUACUACCGACGUUAGUUGUACGCACUCCGUCUAAUAUGAAGCGUCAGAAGAAAUUCAAUGAAUUAUAUCAUCGCAUUCUGAACGUUCAAUUAAAUAACGUUCAAAACAGUGCAGCUCCUAACAAUGCAGAGCCAAGUACUUCAUCUUCGCCGAGUCCUAACAAGAAGGACAUUGGACUCAAUAUAAACAUCACAUUGUCCAAUAGUAAGCCUCAUAUAAAUGAACAGUUGAAACAUUAA